AUGUGCACAGCACAGAUCAGCCGGCCAGCAGCGGCCAGCACCGGGCGACAGCCAACACGGGCAACGGCUCCCUCACACUCUGGGAGGAGCGGAGGAGGCGAGGGCGAGCGUGGGCACAGGGGGGCAGAUUUGGAUGUGGUGGUUCUGAGGAGCGCGGAGGCCAUUGCCAGAAUGCCCGCGCUCGCUAAAGUGGAAAGCAGUCCUCAGAGCAAGUAUGGUUGGUGUCGGGUCGUCGACUGA